UAUUUACUGGUAACACUGCCGAAAAGUUGCGGUAAAAUUGUGUACAGAAAAUACAUAAUAUUUUUAAUUCGAAUAGCUCAUAAUAUAAAUAAAAGGCUACUUCCAGACUCCAGUUUGAAUUUGAAUUCAGUUUACAUGUAAUAUCGAUGGUGUAAUGAUUUGAUAUCAGUAUUGUAAAUAUUAUACAAAUCUUUAUCAUUUCGCCCACUCUGUUAUAUAUUUCAUAUCACUAACCCUUUGCUUCCUGUGUGAUAAAUUUCAAUUUAAUAUUUUUCUGUUCAUUUAAUUAAAAUACAGUUAUGAAUUAAGCAAACUCCGUGAAAUCUUAUUGGAAAACUGAUAACAUGUCCGAGAGGAAACUUGUCUUUGUCGUUAUCCUUUUAGUGCAGUUAGAAAUUUGCUUAUCAUUGUUCACGAAACCAUGGACUGAGAAAUAUGAAAGUAAUAAUAAAUGUCCUAAGUUAUACCCCAAAAAUUUCGACAACUUCAUGCCAGCAGGCAACUUAACAGCGGGUAAUUAUACGGAGAAAACUGACUUAAAGGGGCUAAAACAAUGUGUGAUGUCCUGUUGUCUUGCUGACAAUUGCAAUAUUGUGUUCAUAGUAGAUUCACGGUGCUAUCAUAUAGAAUGUGUAACAGAUGAACUGUGCCUUCCAUUGCCAAGAAGUGGUCGCAAUUGGAAUAGACAUGUAUCUAUGAUACUUGUAAAACCUGUACUUCCCAGUGAAAAUUGGUCAGAGAUCCUUGGCCAGUCAAGCUUCCGAGAAGACCGAAAUUUUGGGGAAGAGGAACUUGUUUAUGGGUAUCCAAAUCGACACAGUGAAGUUGCUGACGAUGAAGAGUCUAAUCAUCUAGCACAUUUCAUAAAUAACUUGCCCACUAUUGAUGAUGAGGAUUCUGGCUAUGAAAAGUAUGAUAACAGUGAUAAUGAUAUGAUGUUGGCUUCCAAGUUUCUUGAGGAAGUAGUAUGUGUGAUGGGGACUAAUAAUUGUCCCUUUAAUGCAGAAUGUAUCCCAUUAGGACAUAACAUGCAUAAGGGAAUUUGCAAAUGUGUAUUGGGUACAGAAAUGAACGAUCAGGGUGCCUGUGUGCCAAUAAGACGUCCAUACUCAAAGGGUCCUACUGAUCUUAAUGAUUCUAUUAAAAAAGAAGACAUGGAAACAAAAAGUGAUAUUAAAGAAAAUAAACCAGUGCAAAAUUUAACAGUAUCCAUACUUUCACAAACAGUGCAGUUACCAGAAAAUGAAGUAACCCUGUCUGCUUAUACAAUACCAGAUGAAAAGUCCACGAUGAGCCACUAUAGCCAUGUUUGGACGCUUGUUGGGCAACCUAAAGAUACAUUUACAGGCAACAUGAUACAAAAUGGAGCAUCGGUGACCUUAACUGACCUUACUGAAGGUCAAUACAGAUUUAAAGUGACCGUGAAUGGCACUAACUCGUAUGGAGAGGGUUAUGCAAAUGUAACAGUGUUGCCACCAAAGAGAAUUAAUAAAGCCCCAGUGGUUGUUAUAACACCGCAAUCGCAAACUGUUAAAUUACCCAAUUCAGGUGCAGUUUUGGAUGGCAGUGAGAGCAAGGAUGAUGAUCAAAUAAUUUCAUGGCACUGGGAAUUGACGGCUGGGCCGUUGGGCUACCAACCACGACUGGAAGAUGGCGCUACACUGGUUUUAAAAGACCUCAAACAACCAGGAAAUUAUACGUUUAAAUUGACAGUUGAGGAUUCGGACCACGUGAAAAAUUUCACUUCGGCUAAUAUUACGGUUUUAAAUCAUACCGAUUAUCCACCAGAGGCAAAUGCAGGCCAGGACGUAAUACUCUACCUUCCAAAUAACAAUUUGACACUCAACGGUAGCCUGUCAACGGACGACCAUGAGAUAACUUCUUGGGAAUGGACGAAAUCAGCGGAAGAUGCUAAUAAAGCUGUCGAUAUGCAGAAUACACAUUCACCCUAUUUACAGCUAUCAAAUCUAUCAGAGGGUGUAUAUACGUUUGUGUUGAAAGUGACAGACUCGUCUAGUCAAUCUUCCACUGCAGAGGUGCACGUGUUCGUUAAGCCGCCAACCAAUACGCCUCCGGUUGCAGAUGCUGGCGAAGAUGCUUUCAUAUCACUUCCUCAAACCUGGGUGACACUAAAUGGGACUGGCUCACACGACGACCGAAAACUUGUUGCAUACACUUGGCGUUGCCUAUCUGGUCCCACUAACUCUAACAUUAUCACGUUUAAUGAAAGCAUUGCGAAUGCAACGCAACUCACGAAAGGGCUAUACGUGUUUUCGCUAACCGUAUUGGAUGAUAAUGGCAACACUGCUACAGAUAACGUCACUGUCACUGUCACGCAGAACAAAAACAGCCCACCAAAGGCAGACGCGGGCGGUGACCAGGUUCUGAACUUGCCCUUGCCAGUGUUAAUACUAAACGGCUCGAAAUCUUCGGAUGACUUCCGCAUAGUGUCUUGGAAGUGGACCAGGCUUAGCUCAGGAUUAGCGGCGGGAACAGUUAUACUUGAUUCUGAUAAAGGGUCUGUUUUGAUGCUCACAAACAUAGAAGCUGGCAGAUAUGUCUUCGAAUUGACAGUGACAGAUGACCAAGGGGAGUCAAGUCGGGACACUGUGAGUGUUCAAGUCAAACCGGAUCCUCUCGAGAUGAAACUUCUAGAAAUGACAGUCCACACACCGAUAUCAACAUUUACGAAGAACCAGUUGGAUUCUCUUCUGCAAAAGAUGAUGCUGCUACUCAAAGAUGAUGUAAAAGUCAACGUGACGGAGAUAAGGGGAGAGGUCGAUUCGGGGAAUACGCAGAUUAUUUUCUUCUUAUCGGAAAAGGGCGAGGCAAUCGACGGUAUUCGUGCCUUAGCAUUAUCACGUCCAGCUGCAAUAUCAAGUGGUGCGGCGCGUAUACGUCCCGUACGCUGUCUCAGUACGUGCUCGGGACGCGGAGUGUGCGAUCAGUCGACGCGCACGUGCCGAUGUGACGCUUUUUGGAUGCAGAGUUUGUUUGCUCAGUUUCAGGCGGACGCUAUGCCUGAUUGUGAUUGGUCUGUGGUAUACGCGAGUGUUGGUGGAGUUGGUGUGUUAUGCGCGUUGUGCGGCGCGGGUUGGGCGUGCGCGCGCGUCGCACGUAAACUAUGCGCGCCUCGCAAACCUAGACAACGCACGUACCGGCCCUUACCCCACGCCGAUCACGAACAAAAACCACUUGCUAACGACCUGUCCGAAUCGGACACCGAUUCAGACGUGUUGUACGAGACAAAAAAUAAAAUGACGUCAUUCACACGCGCCAUUAAUGGCGACGCGCAAUCCAACGGAUGGAAGAACAGUGUCAAAGUGGCGCGUCGCAUUAAAACGUAGCUCCGUCGCUUUGUGGCCUCAUUCCACGUUUAUACCUUACAUAUGCACAGACCACGUGACACCUGUCAGGUAAGCUCGCUGUCAUUGCGUGGAUAGUUGUCCAAAGGUUAAUGUCAAAACGCUAUAAUCAAAUUGUCAAAUGAAACUACACUUACGAAAAUAAAUUUAGUGGUUGCUAGGCAAAAAAAGUAAUAUUAAUUAUAAAAAAAAAUAUUUAAGCGUGUCUACUAAGCUUGUAAAAACUUAAUUCGAAAUUAAAUCAAGGCGUCCAAGCUUACUUAUAAGACAGCCUAGAUAAUAUUUUACGGUAGUGAUGGGGAUUCACUAAUUGAGUCAUGUGAAUUUGUAUGUUAUUUUUCACCUAAACAAACGUAAGUUUUCUCUUACGUAGAUUUUCUUUGCGACAGCUGUGACGCGUAUCGGAAACUGCUAUUGUCUAAGCCUAGGACUUGUAUAUGUAUAUGCCAUGACUAUACUUGUAUAUGCCAAGCUUAAAAUUUGCAAAUAGUUUUUCAAUAAAAUAAAUCAGUGUUGCCAGUAUUAAUGUGGAAAGAAAUAUUUUUGAGAAGUGUGAUUUUAAAUGUGUUGUAUGAUAUAAAUUACGUCUGCUUUAGAGUCGCAAAUAAGUGUCAUGUCAAUAAAAAUAAAGCAUAAUAAAUAGGUUAGGAUGAUUUUAAGUUAUAAUAUUAUUAUAUAACUUAGCUUUUAGUGGGACAUCAGGCAAAAAAUAGAACUUCUUAAAUUUUUAGCGCGUCAAAUGACAGCUGUAAUUUUUUGGCGCGAAACAGUAAAAAAAACUAAAGAAAUGUGUACGAAAGACUAGGCCGUAUGGCCGACUAUAGCCUGCGUCAUGCGCGUAAAAGUAAUGUUAAUAUUAAUUACUGUAUUUUAUAUAUUGUUUGGUACUAGUUCAAAUAUCGGAAACAUGUAUAUAUUUUAUUUUUUAUAUAUUAAUUUAAAGUCAUGCUAAUUUAAGAAUAUUUAACCGAAAGAAACAUAAGCUUGUAUUUUACGCAGUUUUAUUUACAGUGCUUAACUAUAUACUUUUAUUUAUAUAAGAGAAAAUUGUAUAUAACUGGCAAUUGUAUAACGGCUUCAUAUUUGUCUAUAGAAUAUCGGAUAAGAUAUUUUUAGAAAUUAUUGUAAGGCGUAAGUAAAACUAGGGUAGUGUUUGAAUUGUAGUUUUACAAAGAUAAAUUGAUUAUUAUUUAUCCUUCCAAAUAUUUCCCUACAAUAUAUGGAAUAUAUAUAAAUUACAGUUAUACAUGUUAUCUGUGGAAACGCACAUAUAUAAGUUUGAGAGUAUAUAGAGAACAUAAUAUACUCUGGUGUCGAACUUUUUUCUCAUGGUACCUGUAGAUGCAGUAUUAAUAAUUAAAACAAUGCUUUUGAGACAAUUCAAAUAGAUUUAAUACAAUAUCAAAUAUUUGCAUUUGCAUUGACAGAGAUUUUUUGCCUAGUGGCUUCAGGGCAACCCUUUAAUAAUCGGUUCGACCCUCAGCUGGCACCAAUGGACUUUCUAUCUGCGCAUUUGUACUAGAAAGUUGAAGGAAAACAUCUGAGGUAUGGCAUGCCCAAUAUAAAAAAAUAGUCGAAUGUGUCAGACGGAAGGCUAUUAUUAUCUACUUGUCUAUGACAUAAAAAUGAACAAGGAAACGAAUGAAAUCUGAGGUACAGAGGCACCUAUAGGUUUGUUGCGCCACUGGAUUUAUUUUUAAACAAAAAUAUGGCUUUUAUACUCAGCCUAGUAUUAAAAUAAAGUGUAUUAUUUAGGAGUUGUCACACAAGUGUUAUAAACAGAAACAGGUACAAUAUAUUAAAACUUUGCUUGAAGAAAAUGCGUCAAUAUUUAAAUAUAAUUGAUGGAUUGUUUAAGUAUCGGUGCAAUCAAAAUUCUAUCAUUAGAUGUAUUUAUAAACUAAGGCAGUAAU